AUGGCGUCGUCUCCGUCCAUCAAGAUUGAAGGUCUCUUGGGUAUGGUUACUAUUCGUCUUGGUGAUGAUAAUUUUCUUAAGUGGAGUUUUCAGAUUGAAUCUCUGCUCCAAGGCUAUGAUCUCUUUGGCCAUUUUGAUGGCUCGCUUGUGCCUCCCCCCAAAUUUGCGAUUCUUAAUGAAAUUGGUGUUACUUCUGAGGUCACGGCUGCUUAUAGGGAUUGGUUGCGUACUGACAAGUCUCUCUUGAGUUUUCUGAUUGCCACUCUCUCUGAUGAGGCAUUGGAAUAUGUCAUUGGCAGCAAGAUUGCUCGCGAGGCAUGGCUUCAACUUUCUGACCGCUAUGCUACUGUAUCACGGGCUCGAAUUAAUCAUCUCAAGACUGAGCUGCAGACUGCUCAGAAAGGUGCCGCCUCCAUUGAGCGGUUUCUUCUUCGCCUUAAACACAUUCGUGAUAAGUUAUCUUCUGCUGGGGUGCCAAUUUCAGAUGAUGAUUUUAUGAUCACCGUCUUAAAUGGGUUGCCUUCGGAGUAUGACAUGAUCAAGACAGUUCUCAUUGCUCGUGACUCGGUGAUCUCCCCAAAAGAUUUUCGUGCUCAAUUGCUUGCUGCGGAACAGACUGAGGAUGCUCGGAUUCACACUCACCAUGCUCUGUAUAUGUCUUCUACCUCUUCUCCCGGUCAGGUGUUGCAGCAUCCUUAUUCUUCUUCUACUGGUAUGGGUUUACUUCCCACUCCUUCUGUUGCCUAUAUGGGUUCUCAAGAUGCUUCUGGUUUUCAUAAUAGAGUCUCUGGUUCUCAAUCCUUCUCUGGCAAUGGUCGAGGUUUUUCCUCUGGUAAUGGUAGAGGUUUUGCCUCUGGACGUGGUCGUUUUUCACAUACUCGGCAUCCAAGUUCCGAUUUUCAUGGCAGGUUUUCUGGUGGUUCAGCUUCUAAAUUCUCUGUUGUUCCGGAAUGCCAGAUUUGUGGCAAACGUGGCCACACUGCUGUGAAUUGUUAUCAUCGUCAUGGUGAUGACAGUUCUAAACUUUCUAGGUCAAUCAUUGCUUGUCAAAUUUGUGGUAAGAGGGGUCAUGGUGCUUUGGAUUGCUUCCAUCGCUCAAAUUAUGUCUAUCAAGGUCAAGCUCCUCCAUCCACUAUCUCUGCUAUGGCAGCUCACAGUUCUUAUAUGCCUACACAUGGUUAUGCUCCAAUGCCAACUCCUUCGAGACAAGAGAUGGCAGACCAUGUUUGGAUUGCAGACAGUGGAGCUUCCCAUCAUAUGGUUGCUGAUGUGUCUACUCUGCAUGAUGUUACCCCCUGUGAGUCCAUUGAUCAAGUGACUGUGGGGAAUGGGGAAGGUUUGAAUAUAACAAAUAUUGGCACUACUGCUUUGUCUUAUGCUUCUACUUCUCUUAAAAUGCCUUCUGUUUUUCAUGUUCCAAAGCUCUCUGCCAAUCUUUUAUCUGUGAAUCAGUUAUGCAAAGAUAAUCAUUGUAUCAUAAGCUUUGAUUCUACUGGUUUCUGUAUACAGGACAAGACAACAAAGGCAAUUCUUCUAAAGGGCUCUAGCCAUAAUGGCUUAUAUCCUAUACCAUGUAAAGUUAUGUCAGCCCGGUUCUCGUCUUCCAGUCCAACAGCUUAUCUUGGUCAGCGUGUGGGUUCUACUACAUGGCAUCAAAGAUUGGGUCAUCCAACAAAUGAGGUGGUUAAGCUUAUGCUUAAAGAUUCCAACAUGGUUGUUUCAGAAGAUGCACAAUUUGAUUUGUGUCCUUCAUGUCUUCAAGGAAAGAUGCGCAGGCUGCCUUUUUCAAGUAUUCAUGUUAAGACAGAAAUUCCUUUUUCUAAGAUACAUAGUGAUGUCUGGGGCCCUUCACAUUUUAAGUCCAUUCAUGGCUUUCGAUAUUUUGUACUCUUCUUAGAUGAGUGUACUAGCUUUGUAUGGAUAUAUCCCCUUUUUAAUAAAUCUGAGGUGUUCUCCAAAUUUCUCAAAUUCUUUGCUUUGAUUCAGACUCAGUUUAAUGCUAAAAUUCAUCAUUUUCAGAGUGAUAGUGGUGGCGAGUAUAUUAGCAAACCAUUUACUGACUUUCUUGCCAAUCAUGGUAUUUUGCAUCAGUUUACAUGUCCAUACACCCCACAGCAAAAUGGUAUGGCUGAGAGGAAAAACAGACAUGUUGUGGAGACUGCUCUAACUCUUCUGACUGCUGCUAAUAUGCCUGGACAGUUCUGGUAUUAUUCUCUUGCACAUGCUGUCUACUUAAUAAAUAGAAUGCCAAGUCAAGCCUUAAAGCAUCAGGCUCCUUAUUUUCGAUUGUACGGCAAGCAACCAGAGUUACAAUUUUUGAGAAUAUUUGGCACUGCUGUAUAUCCAUAUCUCAGACCUUAUAAUGUGCAUAAGUUUCAACCUCGAACCACUCAAUGUUUCAAAUAUGCUAAAGAGUUGCUUCACAAAGCUGGGAUGAACUCUUGUCGAGCCUGCUCAACUCCAUGUAAACCGCAUACGCAGGUGUUAAGAGAUUUUGGUGAAGUAUUACCUGAUCCAACAUUGUUUAGGAGCAUUGUAGGGGCUCUCCAAUAUUUGACUUUUACUAGACCAGAUCUUGCUUAUUCUGUCAACUCAGUGUGCCAAUACAUGAAUCAACCUACUGAUCUUCAUUGGCAUUUGGUGAAAAGGAUACUCAGAUAUGUGCAAAGUACUCUAGCAUUUGGCCUGAGUUUUACAGCUGGUGAUAUGAAUCUCUCUGCAUAUAGUGAUGCCGACUGGGCAGGGGACAUCAAUACUCGCAGGUCUACAACAGGUUUUGUGAUAUUUUUGGGCAGCAAUCCUAUAUCUUGGCAAUCAAAGAAACAAGGCUCUGUUUCCAGAAGUUCUACAGAGGCAGAGUACAGGGCUCUAGCCAAUACUACUGCUGAUUAG